AUGCUCGGACCGCUGUGCGACGAGGUCAUCAAGCUCGUCCAGUUCUCACCGAAGGCCGACGGCGUGACCAUCGCGAUCAAGGGGCGCAUCGCCGUUCCCAUUCUCGGCAACCCCAUCCAGAUCCAGCAAGUCCUCGUCAAUCUCAUCGACAAUGCGAUCGAAGCCGGCGGCAACACCUCGAACAGGGCGAUCGAACUGGAAUUCUCCGAACGGCCCGGACGAGCGGCGCUUGCCGUGCGCGACUACGGUCCCGGCUUUUCGCCGGAAGUGUUAGAGAACCUGUUCGACCUGUUUCGGACAACGAGGGAAAGCGGCACCGGUAUCGGCUUGUGGCUGUGCCGACAGAUCGUUGAGAAGCACAAGGGCACGAUCUCGGCGUUCAAUCACUCGGACGGGGGUGCCUGUGUGCGCGUGGAAUUCCCGGCAGCAGGGAUACCCACAUGA